AGAAAGGGGAAAAGAGAGACAGGAGAGAGAGAAAGAGCAAGAGAGAGAGUGAAAGGGAGAAAGAAAAAAUAAGCUGGGAUAAAGUAUUUUAGCAGUUUCUGCCUUUAGGAUUUUAUUAGCUUCUCUCCCCCAGGCCGCAGCCAAUCAGCGCGCGUGCCCGGGCCCCUGCGUCUCCUGCGUCAAGACGGCCGUGCUGAGCGAAUGCAGGCGACUUGCGAGCUAGGAGCGAUUUAAAACGCUUUGGAUUCCCCGGGCCUGGGUGGGGAGAGCGAGCUGGGUCCCCCCUAGAUUCCCCACUCCCGCACCCCAUGAGCCGACCCUCGGCUCCAUGGAGCCGGGCAAUUAUGCCACCUUGGACGGAGCCAAGGAUAUGGAAAGCUUGCUGGGAGCGGGAGGGGGGCGGAAUCUGGUAGCCCACUCCCCUCUGACCAGCCACCCAGCGGCGCCUACGCUGAUGCCUGCCGUCAACUAUGCCCCUUUGGAUCUGCCAGGCUCUGCGGAGCCGCCAAAGCAAUGCCACCCAUGCUCCGGGGUGCCUCAGGGGGCGUCCCCGGCUCCGGUGCCUUAUGGCUACUUUGGAGGCGGGUACUACUCCUGCCGAGUGUCCCGGAGCUCGCUGAAACCCUGUGCCCAGGCGGCCACCCUGGCUGCCUACCCUGCGGAGACUCCCACGGCUGGGGAAGAGUACCCCAGCCGCCCCACUGAGUUUGCCUUCUAUCCGGGAUAUCCGGGAACCUACCAGCCUAUGGCCAGUUACCUAGACGUGUCUGUGGUGCAGACCCUGGGUGCUUCUGGGGAGCCGCGACAUGACUCCCUGUUGCCCGUGGACAGUUACCAGUCCUGGGCCCUCGCCGGUGGCUGGAACAGCCAGAUGUGUUGCCAGGGAGAACAGAACCCACCAGGUCCCUUCUGGAAGGCAGCAUUUACAGACUCCAGCGGGCAGCACCCGCCUGACGCCUGCGCCUUUCGUCGCGGCCGCAAGAAACGCAUUCCAUACAGCAAGGGGCAGUUGCGGGAGCUGGAGCGGGAGUAUGCGGCAAGCAAGUUCAUCACCAAGGACAAGAGGCGCAAGAUCUCAGCUGCCACCAGCCUUUCGGAGCGCCAGAUCACCAUCUGGUUUCAGAACCGCCGGGUCAAAGAGAAGAAGGUUCUCGCCAAGGUGAAGAACAGCACUACCCCUUGAGAGAUCUCCCUGCCUGGGUGGGAGGAGGGAAAGCGGGGGUGUCCUGGGAGACCAGGAAUCUGUCAAGCCCACGCUGGGGCCAAGGACUCUGCUGAGAGGCCUCUAGAGACAACACCCUUCCCAGGCCACUGGCUCCUGGACUGUUCCUUAGGAGUGGCCUGGGUACCCAGUAUGUGCUGGGAGAGGGAAGCCCCAUGUGACAGCCCACUUCACCAGGGUUCCCAAAGAACCUGUUGCAGUCAUAAUCAUUCAUCCUGACAGGGGCAAUAAUCACGAUAACCAGUACUAGCUGCCAUGAUCAUUAGCCUCAUAUUUUCUAUUUAGAGCUCUGUAGAGCACUUUAGAAACUGCUUCCAUGAAUUGAGCUGAUUAUGAAUAAACUUGGAAGGCGAUCCCUUUGCAGGGAA